AUGUCUGACCAGCCACAGACCAAGCGGGUGGCCCAGUCGUCUGCUGCCCAGGAUCAAGAGUCCGGUGCUCGACAAGGUGAUCCUAAAGACAGCACCGACAGCCAGGCUGUCCUGUCUGAUGAUAUAGAUGUCCCUUCUGUCAAAGACCCCAUUUCUGACAGCAAGCCCAACCAAGGGAGCGCCGGUUCCAACGCCGCCCCUGACCUAGGUUCAUCGGAGGAAUCUGAGAAGAUCAUCUCAGAAAUGCCUCUAUUAUCAGGGGAGGAUACUACCACGCUCAUGCUCUCCAACGAUGACUGGAAAUAUAUUCACGAGACCGACUACUUCAAGUUCUCAUCGGAUAGCUCCGCGAACGAGCGUCGGUUGGACUAUGCCACCUCAGAAAGAAACAUCGAAGGUGCGGAGUGGGACUCCUUGUGCAAGGCUGUGGGCUGGAUUAGCUUCAACAUGAAUAGCGUCAAGUGGGAGGACCUCAGCCAGCGGUCGCAAGACUACAUCUCGUCAUGGGCGAACCAGCCGCAGAAGUACAUCGGGCGCGAACACGGUCGUGAGCUCGAGAAGGCGUGGGUCUGGAAUAUCCUUUGGGAUCACCUGUUCUCGCCGGACUGUGCUGAACGAUGGCAUGGGGAGCCUUGGGCUUCGUACGGCCGUGUCCUGAGAGACCUGGAGGGACACCUCGAGAGGGACGACAACUGCUUGGCGCGCACAUUUCAGACGUGGCGUACGCUGUCGAUGCGCAUGCUCUACCCGCUCCACGGAGUCCACUCGGACGUGCAACGGCUCGUUGCGGUCCUGAAGCGCGAGCUGAGCGAGGUGCUGCCUGUGCCCCUACGCCCCACAGUCGCCGGAAAGCUCCAGGGAGUCGCCCAUUUGGCGGUGAGAGUUGACCUGAUCUUACAGGUGCAGAGGUACCGGUCGGUGAUGCACAUGGGACUCCCCACCACCGGCCAGCGGUUCGGGUUCGCCUACAGCAGCCACGGCUUGGAGAUAGGGCUGAAGGAUGUGGAGGAGGAAAGGCCUGUGCAGUUCCCGUCGGCUCCCCUCAUGGUGGCGACCCCUUCCUUGCUGGAACCCCACGAGCUGCGCGGCCGGAAUGUCGACUUUGUGUGCCAGCCGGGCGUCCGGUUUUAUGGUCGCGUUCUCUCAAGAUCGGCCGAGAACAGGUUCCUGCCGAAUGAGGAAUUGUGGCACUGCUUCGACAAGCUGCGCUGCAGGUACACCAUGAAGGUCUGUGUGGACGAUGGCAGUCCCGACAAGGGUGGCAAGGACGAGCAGCUUGACGAGGCUGACGGCGGCGAUGGUGGCAAGGACGAACAGCUUGAUGAAGCUGCCGGCGGCAGCGGCGGCGGUGACGACGACGACGGCAACGACGUCGGCGAAGGCACGAGCGCGAGCGCGAGCGCGAGCGAAGGUGGAACACCAGGCCGUGACGACAUUGACAAGGGCGCGGAGAUUGCGGCUGCAGAGUAA